AUGUGCUCAACUGUGAGCUCUGAAAUGUCCACUCUUCCUGACACCCUGAGCCGCUAGUGUCCUGGGGAACCCCAUCCCACUCCCUCAACCUCACACAGCACAGGGGAGAGCCCUAGCGGACUACAGACCCCAGGGGAAGGUGUCAGGGGGACUCUGAGCCCUACUCCCUGGUGUAAGAAGCCCCGGAAACAGGUGGCCCUGGAGAUACUCAGAGUUCAGUCUGGUCUCCAUCCCCAGAUGGACACUCUCCCCACAGCCCUGUCACCUGGCACCGGCCCCCAGCCAAGUCCCAGCUCUCCCAUACACGCCCUCCCCCACUCCCCGGGCAGCAGCACUCUGGUGGCGGGCACAGCCAGGGUGCUGGACAAGGGAGUGAGCGCCUCAAGGGGCCUGUGCACUUCCUCCCCUAGAUCUAUUCCUAGCCUGGACGCCUUGCUCCCAGCCCCCCACCUGACCUGACCCCACAGCUGAGAAUCGUUGGCAGGGGGCGGGGCAGCCCCUAGCUAUAUAAACCCAGACGGAGGUGGCCCAGGCAUCCUGGAGCCCCAGGCCCGCCACACCGACCCUGCACACAGCAGUGCGAGCCCCAACCUGCCCAGCAAUGACGGGAAAAGCCGCCUCUGAGACCCCUGCCCCCAGCACGGAGGAGGCAACGGCUGAGCCUGCCAAGGCGCCCAGCACUGAGCCCUCAGCAGCAGCAGCAGCAGCGGAGGAGCAGCCCCUACAGCCGCAGGACCCUGUCUCUCAGGAACCUGCCCCUGGGGCUCCCGCGGCCCCUGCAGAAGCCCCUGCAGCCGCAAAACCUGCACCCCUCAGUGAAGAUGUUCCCAGCGCCCCCCUGCGGCUGGCCUUGGAAGAUGUGAGCAGCAGCUCGGUGACCGUGAGCUGGGAGCCCCCAGAGCGCCUGGGAAAGCUGGGGCUCCAGGGUUAUGUGCUGGAAUUCCGCCGGGAAGGAGCCUCAGAGUGGGUACCUGUGAACGCCCGGCCCCUGAUGGUGACCCAGCAGACGAUGCGGAACCUAGCACUGGGGGACAAGUUCUUCCUGCGCGUGACUGCCGUGAGCCUGGUGGGUGCCGGCCCACCGGCCGUGCUGGAACAGCCUGUCCACAUCCUGGAGACCAUCGAGGCCCCCAAGAUCCGCGUCCCCCGCCACCUUCGUCAGACCUACGUCCGCCGUGUGGGAGAAGCCAUCAACCUGCAGAUCCCCUUUCAGGGGAAGCCCAAGCCCCAGGCCUCCUGGACCCAUGAUGGCCACGCCCUGGACAUGCAGCGUGUGAAUGUGCGCAGCAGUGAGCAGGACUCCAUCUUCUUCAUCCGCUCGGCCCAGCGCUGUGACUCGGGCCGCUAUGAGCUCACUGUGCAGCUGGAAGACCUGGAGGCCAAGGCAGCCAUUGACAUCCUGGUGAUUGAGAAACCUGGGCCCCCCAGCAGCAUCAAGCUCCUGGAUGUGUGGGGCUGUAAUGCCGCUCUUGAGUGGAGCCCACCCCAGGACACGGGCAACACAGAACUCCUUGGGUACACGGUGCAGAAGGCAGACAAGAAGACAGGGCAAUGGUUCACGGUGCUGGAACGCUACCACCCCACCACCUGCACCAUCUCCGAUCUCAUCGUUGGCAACUCUUACUCCUUCCGGGUCUUCUCCGAAAACCUGUGUGGCCUCAGCGACUCAGCCACAGUCACCAAGGAGCUGGCGCACAUCCAGAAGGCAGGUAUUGUAGCCAAACCCAAAGGGUUUGUCGAGCGAGACUUCUCAGAAGCCCCUUCGUUCACACAGCCCCUGGCUGACCACACCUCCACACCUGGCUACAGCACUCAGCUCUUCUGUAGUGUCCGAGCAUCGCCCAAGCCCAAGAUCAUUUGGAUGAAGAACAAGAUGGACAUCCAGGGCGAUCCCAAGUACCGAGCCAUCUCCGAGCAGGGGAUCUGCACCCUGGAGAUUCGUAAGCCUAGCCCUUUUGACUCCGGCGUCUACACCUGCAAGGCGGUCAACGUGCUGGGUGAGGCCUCGGUGGAAUGCCGGCUGGAGGUCAAAGCCUCAGCCACACACUGAAGAGCCACGGUGGGAGGAAGCUGUGCCUACCAGGCAGGUGCUGCAGCCUCAGGAUCCAACCCCACCAAGACCCCAGACUCCCACUUCCACAGCGGUGGCUUCCCCCUACUGGCACUGGCUCCUCCUGCUCUGGCUGGAGCCCAGAAGUUACAGGUGGGCAUAGCAAGCCCCGCCGAGCAUGCUUCCAGGGCGGAAGACAGCAGAAACGUGCAGGAGCUGAAGUGGGCACGGGGCUGGGCACUGGGCAAGAAGCAUCAAAUAAAGGCUUGUGGUGUUGCA